AUGUAUCACCUGCAUGGCACUCAGAUUCGAGUCAAGAAUGUGAGCAGGUUGUGCCAUGCCAAGCCAAUUGUCACUGUAAAUGGGAUGUUUCCAGGACCUACCAUCUAUGUACGAGAAGGAGAUCAAGUUCUCGUUAACGUUUCCAAUCAUGCACAGUACAACAUGUCCAUUCAUUGGCCAAAGAGGAACACUGUGGUGGCAUGCUCAUAUCUUGUGGCUAAGAGCCACGGAGAAUGGUGGAACUCAGAUGUUGAAACAAUUGUAAACCAAGGUAAUAAGUUGGGGUUGCCACCUCAAACCUCAGAUGCUCACACUAUCAAUGGAAAGCCUGGGCCACUCUUCCCUUGUUCAGAUAAACAUACCUUCGCUAUGGAGGUGGAGUCAGGUAAAACCUACCUGCUAAGGAUUAUCAACGCUGCCCUCAAUGACGAGCUCUUCUUUGCUGUCGCUGGUCAUAGCAUGACCGUAGUCGAGAUUGAUGCAGUCUACACCAAGCCAUUCGCAACCCAGGCCAUCCUAAUUGCACCAGGGCAAACCACAAAUGUUCUGAUCAAGGCUGAUCAAACUCCAAGCAGAUAUUUCAUGGCAGCUAGACCUUUCAUGGAUGCACCAAUUUCUGUAGACAACAAAACUGUUACAGCCAUUUUGCAAUGCAAAGGGAUUCCAAACACAGUUAUCCCAAGUUUGCCAACACUGCCUGCCCCUAAUGACACCACAUUUGCAUUAGGAUACAGCAGUAAACUUAAAAGCUUGAAUACUCCACAAUUUCCUGCCAAAGUCCCUCGUCAAAUCGAUCGCCAUCUCUUCUAUGCAGUUGGUUUAGGACAAAACCCAUGCCCUACUUGCCAAAACGGUACAAAACUUACUGCCUCAUUAAACAACAUAACCUUUGUGAUGCCAAAGAUUGGACUCUUGCAGGCUUAUUACUUCAAUAUAUCAGGAGUUUUUAGAACUGACUUCCCUGACCGCCCUCCUGUACCUUUCAACUAUACUGGUGUGCCUCUUACAGCUAACCUUGGCACUUCAUUAGGAACAAGGCUCAGUAAGGUAGCUUUCAAUUCCACCAUUGAACUGGUAUUGCAGGACACCAAUCUGCUGACAGUUGAAUCCCACCCAUUCCAUCUCCACGGUUUCAAUUUCUUUGUAGUUGGAACUGGGGUUGGCAACUUUGAUCCUACAAAAGACCCGGCAAAGUCUAAUCUAGUAGAUCCUCCUGAGAGAAACACAGUUAGAGUUCCAACUGGAGGAUGGACUGCUAUAAGGUUCAGAGCCGAUAACCCAGGUGUUUGGUUCAUGCACUGUCACCUGGAACUCCAUACCAUGUGGGGGUUAAAGAUGGCCUUUGUCGUUGAGAAUGGAAAGUCACCUGAAGAAUCCAUUCUGCCGCCACCAGAAGACCUCCCACCAUGCUAG